GCGAUGUUGUACGCACUCCUGCGUCACCAGCGUGAUCUAUCCUAUCUGGUCAGAAGGCUCUCCCGCCAACCUCCUCUCCUUGCGCCCCCUCUUCGCCCCGUCCCCAGAGGGCUCCUCUGGACCCGCGAGGCACAUAAAUAUGAAGUGCCGCCCGGUCAGAAACAGACAUCACUCGUCAUCCAGCCGCCACCAUCCCGUCCACAAUCAUGGCCGAGCCCGCUCACAAAGAGCACCACCACACCACCCCCAAGCUCGACACCGAGGAAAAGGAGGUCCUUGGGAUCACCACCAUCGACUCUGACGAUGUCGAGCACCUCGAUGCCCACAAUGCCUACGCCCAGAUCAGUGCCGUCGUCUCGACCACGGAUGAUCCCUCGAUUCCUUGUUUCACCGUCCGUGCCAUGUUCCUGGCGGUGUUCUUCUGUGUCUUCACCUCGGCCGUCAACGUCAUUCUCUCCUUCCGCACAAAUGCUUUCUCCGUCCCCGCCUAUGUCGCCGUGAUCGUUUCGUACCCCAUCGGCAUCUUUUUCUCCAAAGUCCUCCCCGAUGUCCGCUUCAAGCUCUUUGGCGUCGAGAACUCGCUCAACCCCGGCCCCUUCUCCAUCAAGGAGCACGUCCUGAUUUACAUCAUGUCCAACACUGGUACCCCCUAUGGAAUCGACAACGUCAUUGGUCAGAUCGCCCCCCAGUUUCUGGGCGACACACAAAUCCAAGUUUGGCACUCGAUCCUCUGGAUUCUCGCGACCCAGUGUAUCGGUCUUGGCCUCGCUGGUAUGGCCCGUGAGUUCCUGAUCAAGCCCGCUGCCAUGUACUGGCCCGGCAACAUGGGUAUCCUGGCCAUGUUCGCUUCCUUCCACGACGAAACCACCAACGAAAGCGCAGCGCAAUCCAAGUACAAGACGUCUCGAUUCAAGUUCUUCUGGAUCGCGUUUGUUGGCUCUUUCGUCUGGUACUUUGUUCCAGGCUUCAUUGCGCCCGCUCUCCAAGCCAUUGCGAUUCUCUGUUUCUUUGGCGCCGGCCCAAACAGCAUGGUCAACAUCCUCGGCUCAGCUACAAACGGCGUUGGCCUCGGUGCCAUCACCCUCGACUGGUCUCAGUUCAACCUAUUCGUUCAGCCUCUGACGGCUCCCUUCUGGGUCAACUGCGUCCUCCUGGCGGGUUACGUGAUCUGGUCAUGGAUUGUUGUCCCCAUCGCCUACGUCAGCGACCUCUGGGACAGCAAGUUUGUCGGCUGUAAGAAGCCUGGCCCCAACGGCUGCGGCUUCCUCAAUGGCAACGGCCUCUUCAACGGCUCCAACCUCGGCCAGCGCCUCAGCGGCCGUAUCCUGCUGAACCCCAGCACCUUUGAGCUCGAUAUUGCUGUCUACAACACAGCUGCACCCAUCCACCUCGGCAUGUCCUUCAUCUUUGUAUACGCCACGUCCUUCAUGGCCAUAGCCUCGGCCAUCACCCACGUUGCUCUCUGGUACGGCAAGGACAUUGUCCAGCAGGCACGCGUUGCCAUGAAGCAACUCAAGGAGGACCCCGAGCACCAAGAUAUCCACAACAAGCUCAUGGCCGUCUACCCCGAAGUCAGCAACUGGAUCUACCUCGUCAUCUUCACGCUUUCGACCAUCCUUAUGCUCAUUGUCGGCUCCUUCACGCCUUACAGACUCCAGUGGUGGGGUGUGCUGUUUGCCGUGGCCAUCGGUGUCAUCUUUGUGAUUCCUCUCACGACAAUCGUGGCUCUCUCUGGCCAGUACAUUGGCCUCAAUGUCCUGACCGAGUUCGUCAUUGGUCUGAUCGUGCCUGGGCAGAUGAUCCCCGUCAUGUCAUUCAAGUCGCUCGGCUACAACACCAUGAUCCAGGCACAGGUGCUGCUCAACGAUCUCAAGAUCGGCCACUACAUGAAGGUGCCUCCCCGCGCCAUGGUUGCUGGCCAGGUCAUCGGUGCCAUCCUCUCUGCCUUCGUCUGCGUCCCCGUCGCCACGGCCUUCACGCUCUCGCCCCUCUUUGGCAAGGGCGACUGGCAGGCCACUGGUCAUGGUGUCUUCUACUCUGCCGGCACGAUUUGGGGAGCCAUCGCCCCGGCCCGCUUCUUCGGUGCCGGUGCUCUUUACCACGACAUUCUCUGGGCCUUCCCCGUGGGCUUCCUCCUUCCCGUCCUCCCUUGGCUCGGAAACAAAAUGUACAAGCAUCCGUUCUGGCACUUGAUCAACGUUCCCAUCAUGGUCAGUUGGAUGGGCCCUCAGGUCGGCAACCAGGUCGUCAUCAUUGUUCCUUUCAUCCUGGCCUUUAUCUUCCAGCACUAUCUCUUCCGCUACAAGAACGAGUGGUGGAAAAAGUACAACUUUGUUUUGUCGGCCGCCCUCGAUUCGGGUGUUGGUAUUGGCGCCAUCGUCAUUGGUAUUCUCCAGCUGCUGUUCACAAAAACCGACGAAGACGGCAAUGCUGUAGGCGGCUUCCUGAUGCCCAACUGGCUUCUCCGACCUGAUCCUUUGGCCACAUACACCGAUUACUACUGCUUUGGUCAAGACUACCUUGGCAACCCGAUCUAAAAACCAGUGUGGAAAACGAGCUGGGCAGUAUCAGCUCUCUGUUUCAAUCAUGGACCUGAAGUCAGACGAUCUGCAGGCCGCGUGGUCAGCUGGAGCUGCGUCGUUUCUUCUCCUGUGGGCUCAAAUCUUCUAUGAUGUUGUUGCUUCGAUUGCAUGGUCGCUCGUGCUUCUGAAUACAAUUCGCUAUGAACAAA